AUGUUAACCUCUCAAAUUCUCCCUCAUCGUGCACUUUGGACUCGACGAACACUCUCUCACUCUCCGCGCUUCCAUCGUUCCACUUCCAGGACAAGGUUUAUUGUGAAGUGCUUGAACGAGGAUAUGGUUGUGGAAGAGAAUUUGCUUUCCAAUGCUAGAAAGCGUGCCAAUUUUCGAUUAUGCAAAUUGUCAAAUUAUACGUCUGAAAUACUGGAGAUACAAGCUGAUGCUCCAAGUUUGCAUGUUUUGUUUGUUCCUGGAAAUCCUGGUGUUAUUUUAUUCUACAAAGACUUUGUGGAAUUUCUAUAUGAGCUUCUUGGGGAAACUGCAUCUGUAACAGCUAUUGGCCAAGUCUCUCACUCAAGAAAGGAUUGGGAGCAUGGACGGUUGUUCUCUUUACAAGAACAAAUCGAUCAUAAGAUUGAUUUUAUCAAAGAGGAACUGCAAGAUAUCGAGAUUCCUAUAAUACUGGUUGGGCACUCUAUUGGUUCAUACAUAUCUGUUGAAAUGUUCAAGAAGUCUCUAGAGAAGGUGAAAUAUUGCGUUGGACUUUAUCCAUUUUUGACUUUAAACCCACACUCAACAACACAGUUAAUUAUUGCAAAAAUUGCACAAUCCCAAAUUGUAGCUGCUGCUCUUAGCUACCUGAUAGCAUCAUUAGGAUUGUUACCAGUUAAGGCUUUGAGGUUUAUUGUCAAAAAAUCCCUUGGGAAGUCAUGGUCUGCCAGUGCAGUUGAGGCUGCAUGCUCUCACUUGUCACAGUACCAUACCAUGCGGAAUGUCCUCUAUAUGGCCAUGACUGAAUUCAAAGAGUUAGCAGAGCCACCAGAUUGGACAUUUUUACGAGAAAGGAAGGAUCAGUGCGCGUUUUUAUUUGGUGUUGAUGAUCAUUGGGGUCCACUUCAAUUGCUUGAAGAGAUCUCAAAGCAGGUUCCAGGUAUUCCCUUAUUUAUUGAGCGAGAAAACCACACUCAUGGUUUCUGUUGCACUGAGGCUGGUUCAUUAUGGGUGGCUGAGCAUGUGGCAAACUUAAUUAAGAAUCAUAUGGCAUCUACAAACCAAUGA